AUGACAGAUCUCUCUGUGACUUUGUCUUCGAUCCUAGUCGAGAAGCACUCGUCUAAGUCUGUCAUCGGCCGCGCCAAAGAUCUUACGUCUGACCUCGACUCUUUUCUGAGGGAGGCAUAUCAGAUAAAUCAAUCCAUCUCGUCACUUCUCAGGUAUCUACGAGCCAUUCGCACCCCGUAUCUAUCAACAGCUCCACCGCCUCGCCAUUCUCGACGGAACGAGCCCGUAACAUCUCUAUCCUCAACACAAGAUUGGGAGGUCCCUGAGCACCUCAACGACUCUCAAAGAGAAGCGAUUGACUCAGAAACAUCCUCGGUCCUCCGGGAAAUCAACGGCAGGAUCGCAGCCCUGUCUUCUGCCGUUGACCUCCAGCACGAUACCGCAAAGAAAAUUCUAGAGAAGCAAUAUGGGCGACCAAAAGGGGUAUUAUGGCGCUGGGCAGCUGGAGACGGCGAUAACGACGACGCCGGGAAAUCGAGUUCGCAGCUAGAUGAGGAAGGACGAAUCUGGACGACAAAGACGUUUCGAGAUGGAGUAUUAUGGUACCUGGGCAAGAGGCUGAAAGAUGCCAUUACCAUGCAACAAGAGAUGGUUGAGAAACGACUGGAUCGCGAGCGACAGAAACAGAUGAGCGUACUCUAUGACCCAAGGAACAAGGGGGUGAAUGCAAGUCGAGACACAACGUUCAGCGCAUCUAGUACGGAGAAAUAUGGCAAUCAAGAUCUGAGAGGACACGACGAGUACAAGCCUUGGAAUGACCCAACUCAGCCGCGGGCACAGGACUUGUCGGCGGAGCAACUGCAACUCUUCGAAGAAGAGAAUAAGGGUAUCUUUGAGCAUUUCAACAACCAACUAGCCAAAGUUACUCAAGUGGAAAAGAGUUUGAUGGAGAUCAGCAGUUUGCAGCAGACAUUGGUCGGGCACCUAAGUGUGCAGGGAGAGAUGAUCGAGGGUCUGGUCACAGAUGCCGCGAACACAGACGAAAACGUGCGCAAGGGUAACCGCGAGCUGAAGAAGGCAAGUGAGAGAGGAAGCACAGCGCGGUUGGUGUUUUACGCCACUGCUGGAUUCUGCUCGUUCUUGGUGGUCUGGGACUUGAUAUUCUAA